GGAUUGGAUGCCGUGUGAGAAGCACCAAGCGUUCCAAAGCGUGUAUAUAAAGGGCUCGCCCCCCUCGUGUGUGUGUGUGUGUAAAUUCUUUGGAAUAUAGAGAGAAAAACCUUGAGAGACUGAUAAUGUCGGCCACUGCUGGUGGUAGUGGUGGUGCUGGUGCUGGUGGUAGUGGUGGUGAAGACAAGAAGCCUACAGAUCAAUCUGUCCAUAUUAACCUCAAAGUCAAGGGUCAGGACGGGAACGAGGUGUUCUUUAGAAUCAAGCGCAGCACCCAAUUGAGGAAGCUCAUGACUGCAUACUGUGACCGACAGUCUGUGGAGUUGACCUCCAUUGCUUUCUUGUUUGAUGGACGUCGACUUCGACCAGAGCAAACUCCAGAUGAGCUUGAGAUGGAGGACGGCGAUGAAAUUGACGCAAUGCUGCAUCAAACUGGAGGUUCUUAUGAACAUCUAUAUAUGUAUUGAUAUAUAUAUAUAUAUAUAUAUAUAUAUAUAUAUAUAUAUAUAUAUGUAUUGAUAAAGCAUGGCGGGGAAAGUUGCUACAAAGUUUCUGAAACACUCUCAACUUAUGGAGACAACCUGUAAAGUAAAAAGGAAUUGGUGGUCUUUCUUUGUUUGAGGCUUUUGAUGGGUAUCAAUGUCGGAUAAUGCUGGUUUUACUGGUCUUAA